UCUACAUUUUAGUAUUUAGAGUUGCCUCAAGUUUAAAUUGACUGCGACUCUUCCUUGAUGAAAAUAAACAAACAAAAUUGUGACAGUUUGGUGAGAUAAUACAAAAGCUGCAAUUCUUCACAUGAUCAUGGAGACCAUCUUGGGAAAUUGCUAAGAGAGAUUCUAGCUUCCAAGGCAAACACAGUUAACACUUGCACCCAAGAUAUAAUUUAAAGAGACUCAAAUGCUAAUCAGAAGCUCAAGAAUUUUUUAUGACCUAUGGUUUGAAACCUAGUGGCCAAAGAAUUCUUUCCAAAGGAAACAAGGGACCCUUUUGGAUCAGUCAUAAAGCAGAAGAUGAUUAAAGAAUAUGAUAAAUAUCUUUGAUAUAGAACAUAGAGAGCACUCAGAACAGAAAACUGUGAAUACAGAGCUUUUAAAUGUUUAUGCAAGAAUGGAUCAAAAUGUUUUUGUGAUUCCCACUUUAAGUACCAUUGAAUUGAACCCAGUCAAAAUAACCAUGACAACGGUCACUCUGUUAGGCCAGUGGUAGGACUGUUCUCUAGAAUGAGCACACAAUUUUGUGGAUCUACUUAUGUGUUAUUGAAGAAAACAAGAUAACCACCAUGACCUAGGAACUUCACCAAUUCUCACUAACCUAGACAUUCACAACUAAAAGUAGCCUGUAGGCCUUGGGGUAUGUAGAGGUUUCAAGCUGCAAUUUGUUUUAAAUAUAUUGGAAUCACUGAGUGAUCAAACUUAGGAGAACUAAGAAACUUUUUAAUUAAGCUAGGGUUAAAGUUUCACUACUGUGUGGUGAACAAGAGUUGGGCUGGCUAAUGUAGUAAGACAUAAUAAUUGAGUGGAAUUGGUUUAAUUUCAAUUGUUUGCAUCCCUAACAGGCUGCUAUACGAGUAUGUGAAGCUAAUCCGAUCCUAAAAAUUUUAUCGAACAAAUUAAAAGAAUAAAUAGAAAAUUUUAUUUAACAGCUUUCAAACACCAAUGAGAUAAUGGAGUUUAAUUGAUGGUUUGAAUAACUAAUGAGCCUUGUCUCCUUUCAAGUUUUCUGUUGCACUAGUAUUUUUCUUCAAUGAAACAAGCAAUUGAUCACCAUUCUUAAACUGAUUUAUUUUCUGCUUCCUAGAUUUGAUGGUCUUAUUUUUUGUCAAAAGAACUUGCAAAUUAAGAGUAUAACAUUAUUGCCAUUGUUUGUACCUCCAAAUUGCAGAGUAUUUGUUUCAAUAGGCAGUUGAUGAUGUUGAAUAGCUGAUGGGGAAACUUCCUCCUCUGCUAGCAUGUUUACUCAUCUUAUAUUUAGCUUGUAUGGUCCAUAAUACUUUUGAAUAAAUAUUCAGAAAACAAUUUCCUUUCACAGUUUAUAAACUUAUUAAGUGUAAAACCCUUAAUUCAGAAAAAUAAAAUAUUCUGCCUAGACAGUUGUUAAUAAUUAAUGCUUAAAAAUAUAUAUCAGGUUUUGAGUGAAUUAUGUUUUGACAACCUGGCAGAUGUUCAGUUUGGAUAAAACCUGAUAAGCUAAAUACACAGAUUUGUGGACAAUAUUGUGAGAAGUAUGGAAGAUCCUCAUGAAUGGAACAAGAUAAUUUUGAAAGCAUUGGAAACUGUUUCAAAGAAAGAUCUUGAUUCGUUGGAUUUGAAAUUUAGUGGCAUUCAAAAUGUUCCAAGAGGGUUGGGUGAACUCAAUCUUUCUCAUCUGAAAUAUUUUUAUCUACAAGGUAAUAACCUUUCCUUUUUACCAGAUGAGUUUUUUCCUUGUCUUAAAAAUCUGGUGUGGCUUGAUCUGAGAGACAAUAAACUUCACGAAAUUCCACAGAAUAUUGGAGAACACAGGAAUAUAAAGACAUUGUUGUUAGGGAGGAAUCAGCUCAAACAUCUCCCGUUGGAGUUAGGGGUUAUCAAGACACUAACGGGGCUAAAUUUAUCAAAUAACCCUUUGGAAGAGCCUCCACAAACUGUGGUUGAAAGAGGAGUUUAUGCCAUCAAGCACUAUCUAUUGACUAAGCUUGGGGUGAAUCCAGGAUACUUUCAAUGUGAUGCAAAUGAAUCAGAAUACCAGAGUACAGAAAGUGGAUCAGAUAGCUCACAUACAGACAACAAGGAAAAGAAAAAUAAUUGCACAGAUAAGUUACUGAUGGCAGAUGGUGGCAGUCAUGAUAAUGGUAAUCAAGGUUCAACAAAGGUAGUCUGCCCAAGAGAAGCUAUGUCUUAUUAUGGAGCACUGCUUGGCAACAUUCCAAAGUCCUACAUCAUUAAACCAUGGAAGACAGGAGUCUUUUUCAAAAAGGAACAGAUGGUUGAUCUCUCACUUGAAAAUUGUGACAAAGAUGACAUUGAAGAACAGUGACUCAUUUAUGUCCAUAAUUAUUGUCUAUGUGCAUGGCUGUGAAAGACUACUCAAUGAUAUCAAGUAAAAGAUAUUCUAAUUCUUGAGUUAUGGAAGAUUGUCUAGAGCUUUGAAAUGACAAUGUCCUGAAGUGUGUUUGUGUUGAGCACAAGUGGAAUUGUGAUUGCAAAUUUUAUAUUUUGAUUUACAAAUUGGUUGAGUGUUGUCUUCAUUUAGAUGUUAAUAGUAACUCAUUAAGUGAGCACAAAAUCUACAGUUGUAAUAGGUAUAAAGGUUAUGAAGUGAAAGCAAGCCCUGAGUCCUAUCAUAGCAUUCUGAACUCUCUCCCUUUCCUCUCUAGUGUUUUCUGUUCAUACCUGUCAUACCACAGUAGAAAUUAUUAUGAACAGUAGACAAUCUAAUUUGCUUGCGAAUAAAUCAUUUUACUCACUAAAGACCCUUUUAAUGGCAAUCAAAUCAAGUUUGCUGAGGUUUGUCACAGCAGUGAUGAUCGGUCAAUAUCAACUUUUCCCAUGCUCAUGUUAUUGCUUUAGAUGAAAAAAUUCAGUCAGCUGUCUUAAAUAAUGAGUAAAGAUUCAUAAAAAAAGAUGCAGCACUUAAUGUCCUUGAUGCAUGUCCCUAUUACAACAGCAGCUGUCUUCUUUGUAAGCAUGUUUUCGACUGACUUUUUUGAAUGACGUCAUUUUUGAUAGGAAGGACUUGAGGAAUUUAGUUUGCAAUGACAUUUCACAGAAUCCUACAGGAGAUAAGACAAAGAAAGUGAUUAAGGGAACUGAGAGAGAGAUAUGCAAACCAAUGCUUGAGAGCUGAAUCAAAUGAAUAAUGUGUUAAACAGUGACACCACACUGAGCCAAGUGCAAAUCAAAUGAAUAAUGUGUUAAACAGUGACACCACACUGAGCCAAGUGCAAAUCAAAUGAAUAAUGUGUUAAACAGUGACACCACACUGAGCCAAGUGAAAAUCAUUUCUUCUUAUUUAAGAUUGACACUCAACUAUGUUUGAAGACAACACUACCUAGUAUUGUCAGUGUCAAAGAGAUCAAACAAAUCAGUAGGGGACUACAUGUAUCUCUAGAAACCUGGUUUCUAAACUCUAUAUGAUCGAACAUAUAUAUCCUUUUGAGAUCUGCUUAGAUUACAUAUUGGAGAGCAGCUUUGUUUGUUAUAAGUAUGAUACAUUGUGUACUUUACUUAUUGUGCAUCUUUU